ACGGCGAUUGGCCGCUACGUAGCCGUAAAGCGUUUCGGCAACGUAGCUGUCGUAGUGUCGGUGGCUAACAGUAAACAGCGAUAAUUUCAUAAAGAGGUUCGCGUAAUUGCAGCCAUCCGUAUUGAUUAUUGGUUAUUUACUAACGGGUCAUCAUAAUGGCUGAAAAAUUUGACAACCUGGAGGAGCACCUGGAGAAAUUUAUCGAGAAUAUUCGACAGUUGGGAAUCAUCGUUAGCGAUUUCCAGCCUAGCAGCCAGGCAGGACUUAACCAAAAACUAAAUUUCAUGAUAUCUGGUCUGCAAGACAUCGAGAAGUGCCGCCAGCAGCUUCACGAGAUCAACGUACCACUGGAGGUGUUCGAUUACAUUGAUCAAGGUCGAAACCCUCAGCUAUACACGAAGGAAUGCCUGGAAAGAGCCUUGGCGAGGAACGAGCAGGUCAAAGGGAAGAUAGACACUAUGACGAAAUUCAAGAGCCUUUUAAUUUCCGAGCUAGGCAAAGUGUUUCCAGAGGAGAUGGCCAAGUAUAAGGCUAUACAUGGAGAAGAUGCCCCCUCCUAGUGACUGUCGCACUGUGACCAUUCAUCUUUAACCUGUGAAAGUGGCAGCCUGGACUGAGUUUGAUCAAGCAGAAUCCUCUGUGGCCAUCAGCAGCACGUGAUAAUAAACUAUUGUCAAUUGUCAUAAAUGUUGUGAUGCUGAUCGCGAAGGAGGAGCUUUUAUUUCCACACCUGGACUCAGCAGGUCUUCUGCUUUCUGUACAUGUAAAGAAUUACGAAUUGACAGCAAGUUGUAUUGAAUUUUCUGGCUGGGUUGGUACGUUGGGAAAGGGUACAUGUUUAUUUUUAUUGUCCCUGAUGAUACACGGACAUUGAGUUUGCAGGAAAAUAUUUUUCCAACUUGUUGCUGUACAGGUUAAAAAACAAAACAAAAAUGAAGCUGGAAUUUAGCCCAUCAGGUGUACAUACUGUCUAUUUAUACUUGCCUACUUUUUUAUAAUGCUCCAUAGUCAUUGCGCAACAUUUGUACCACACACAGUUCGUAACCUUUUGUAUCAAGCUCAGGUUUCUAAUCGCCAUGAUAAACUAAAUGCAAAUAUUAUUUGAAAGGAAAAUGCGUGCCUGAUCACUCAGUGCAGUCAGAAAUGAGCCCCCUCUUUAUUUGUAAGUUGUAUAAUGUUUGUUAAUAAAUGAUUCUUUUGGACUGA